AUGGAGAGCUCUCGCUACUUCGCCCUGCUAGGAGCCGCUUUAUUGUUGCUUGCGGGAGUCCACAGUCAGGAAGAAGGCGAACUUCAACCUCGAGCUUUGGAUCUCUAUUCCACCGUGGAGGAAACGUCCCACGAAAAGGAGCUGAUUGAAGCACUGCAGGAAGUCCUGGAGAAGCUGAAAAGCAAACGGCUCCCACAUUAUGAGAAGAAGUAUGGUCAAGUUCCCAUGUGUGAUGCAGGAGAGCAGUGUGCAGUGAGAAAAGGUGCCAGGAUUGGAAAACUCUGUGACUGUCCCAGAGGAACAUCUUGCAAUACUUUUCUCUUGAAGUGCUUGUAA